GUUUUAUCAGGUUCACUUGCUUUCUGCUAUACGGUAUACCACCAUUACCAUUUUUUGUGGGAUUAUGCUGUUGUGUGCAUCCUGCUGCGACUGCUACUGCCACCCCGCUGCUGUUGUAGACACCAUCGUGCCAUUGAGCACCAAUUGAGUCAUAUUGAACGACACAUUGAAGAACCACUACGUUGAAAUGGCGGUCGAAAAGGGCACUGAGUUCAGCGCUGCUCCUGAGCGAGCCUCAACUUCCGAACACGACAAAGAGCAACCCAAUGGAUCAGAGACGCGAAUGUCUGUAGACGAUGUCACACUGGAUGGCGACGAAAACCCGCUCAACUGGUCCAAGGGCAAAAAAUGGGUGAGCAGCAUGAUUGUCAUCAGCAUGUCGAUGACAUCUGCGUUCUACUCAGGUGUCCACGCAUCUGCAAUCGAUGCGAUCGCCGAGGACUAUGGCUGCUCCCAGCUGGCCUCCACUGCAGGCAUCUCGUUCUUUCUGUUGGGCUUUGCAGCCGGGCCGUUGAUCUUUGCGCCUCUCUCGGAAAUGUUUGGUCGCAAUCUGGUGAUCCGGGUUAGCCUGCUCAUCUUUGUCAUCACCAACAUCGGAUGCGCCUUGGCGCCCAACAUCGAAGUUUUGCUUUUGUUCCGAUUUCUCGCGGGUUUCUUCAUUGCGCCGACGGUCACAAAUGCCGGAGGUUCGAUUACGGAUGUUUGGGCGCCAACAGAGCGCUCAGUCCCGUGGGCCAUAUUUGCUUCCGCAAGUUACUUGACGGUCAUAAUCGGUUCGAUCAUCGGUGACUUCAUUGUCGAAUAUGCCUCGUGGCCAUGGAUCUUCUGGGUGUCGAUGAUUCUCGGCGCAGUUAUCUACAUCAUCGCCAUAUUAGUCUUACCAGAGACAUACGCACCGGUGCUCAAACGCCGAAAGAUGUUGCGAUUGAACAUCGGGAUCCCGGACGAGGUUCAUCUAUCGAAAUCUUACUACCUCAACUUCACGCGGCCAUGGAUCAUGCUCUUCACCGAACCGAUCGUCUGGGCCAUGACGUUGUACAUGUCGUUCGUGUACGGCAUUUUGACGCUAAACCUCGUCGCAUAUCCGAUCGUCUACUACCAGAUCCGCGGGUGGUCGCUGGGGCUCUCGAGUCUGGGAUAUGUCGGCAUCGCAGGUGGAAUGCUGGUCGCGACGAUACUCUCUCCACUCCUCACCGUGGUCCACCGACGCUUCGUCGCUAAGAUGGGCCCUAUCCCUGAGGCCAGGCUUCCGCUACAGAUCGGUCUCGCCUGGCUCAUUCCAAUCUCACUAUUCUGGUUCGGCUGGACCGCCCUGCCUCCCUUUCAUCCCGCCGUCAGCAUCGUGGCGGGCAGCUUGUUCGGCAUCGGCGCUCUCUCCGUCUUUCUCGAUGUAUACGCAUACCUCACGGACUGCUAUGGAAAGUACUCGGCCAGCGUCAUGGCUGCAAAUGGCCUCAUGUUGCGACUCUUCGGCGCCGCGUUCCCGCUUUUCGCCAACAAGCUCUACGAGGGCGUCGGAGUUGGCUGGGGUACCAGCAUCCUGGGGUUCAUUGCCGUGGGCCUGGCGCCUUUGCCGCUGCUCUUCUUCCUGUACGGCCCCAUUCUUCGGCGGAGGAGUAAGUACCACAUCGAGGUGACCGCGGCGGAGGGCGUCAAAAGCGAAAAAUCGUAACCUCGACGUGUCAGCAGAUCUUUUGAUGAGCCAAAUGAUAGAGUGGAAUUAGUUUGAUAGCUUCGCUUCGUUAUGCGCGCAACCGAGCAUUUUCCAUG